GUCGCCAACAAAGGCGAUGGAGUGCCAGCAGCAGCCCACAGCGCAUGCGCUCCGCAUCCCCUCUUGCCAGCUGAGCAUCAGCACAAUCGCCUCCUCUCAGCGGAAUACCAUGACACCUCAGCAGGCGUCUCCUGUUAGGAGCACUCUCCUCCAUUCAUCACCCGCGCGCAAUCACGUCGCCGCAUCAUAUAGGACCGCGUCAUCUUCUACCAUAUCCCCUUCCUCCACUGGCGCGCCUACUCCCGUCACGGCCCCACUUUCUAGACUUGAUGGGAAUGCCAACGCCACCGCCUAGUGUACGCGCAAGAGCAGGCCGUGUGGGGUACAGUGACGGGCGCACAGCGUCCUCUGCUCCCCCACAGGGUGUGGCAGAACUAGUCGCGCUCUCUCCGCGAAGCCGAUUAGAUGGUCGCUGGGAGCCGAUAGAGCCUUUCUCUGAAGACCGGAGCUCUUUAGAACUCGAUCACGCGCAUAUUCUAUGUCUGCAGCAACUCGCGGAGGGUACGCUAUCAGUCGAUGGGGGGCCCGCGUUGCGUGGAAGCCAUAGCUUCGAUAGUGUCCUUACUGCUAGGGUUGAUCCCCAAUCUCCGGACUUGGAGCAUACACCUACCGCCAUCACCCCUCCAGGCGCCAUACACUCUCCGACACUCGAGAUCACCCCACCAACGAAGAACAGCUUCAUCGCUUCAUAUCAUGCUCUCGUCUUCGACGUCCUCCAGACGUUCGAUGGCUCCGCACUGUCCUCCCCGAGCAAUCGUACAUCGCCCGUCCCGUUCGAGAACGGCGACGCGGUCAACCCUUUGCCACCCGAUGACCCGAGGUUUAUCCUCUGGUCCACUCCCACCCCGCCGGUCGUCCCAACAGGCCCUCCCAGGCAAAGUGCGUUCAUAAACGUACAACCUCCGACACCUACUCAAGGCCCGGUCAGGCGAAACCUACUUGCAUGCACCCUUGAGCGCUGGAUCGCCCAGCUCACCUCGAGCUUGGACUAUGACAUCCUCCUCGACACCCUUAUCUCCUAUCGACCGUUUCUCCCUCCUGCAGCGCUCGCACGAUUGCUCAUCAUGCGCUUUAUGUGGACUCUUCAGCAACCUCCCGCAGACUAUCACCCCACCGAGAUCAAGCGACAAGAAGUUGUACGCAAGAUCGUACGCCUGCGGACGAUGCUCGUCAUGCGCUGUUGGCUGCAAGUCUUUUUCCGUGUCGACUUUGUACACAACAAGGAGGCACGUGAUGUUCUAGUCGGCUGGAUGAACUGUAUGGAGCGCGAACCGGAGAUUCAGGCAAGGGACGAUGUGCUCAAGCUUGUUCGGCGACUGAAGCGGAUCGUGCGGGAAUGCAAGGACGCGUAUAACCGGGAUGUUCAGACUGAGUUCGAGCUUGGUCUGAAAGACUUGCCUAUCGCACCUUCUGCUGCUCCUCUUCCGCCUGUUCGGCAUAACGCCAACCCUGUCCCACCAGAGGAACAGAAUACGGAGGAUAUCGACCUUUCUGACCUCUCCCCCCGGCCAUCAGUAGACUACGACCGUCUUGCCGGCCGCUCGGCUGCAGAAGAAUAUGCGCAUCUGGCAACGUACGGCAAGCCUAAUCCUUCGUCGCAGCGCAGGGAGAGCAUCCGCGGUUUGGCAGACUUUGUCGCACCCGUCAUACCCCCUGCUCAGGUCCCUCUGCUCAUCCCCAACAGCACGGCUGUCGCUGCCCCCCCUGCUGCUAACGGUGUCCCCAUGGCGCUCGGUCUGGACCUUGACGAUGAUUCGGAGAUGAGCCAGCUCGUGCCUGUUAGCCCGACACAUCAAGGUACCGGUACGCGAAACGCGCUGAGCAGAGCGAUGGGCAAGCUGAAGCGCGCAGUUGCUGGCAAGUCUAGCCCUGUGAGCGCGGUCGGUGUCGCUUGCACGGGAUCUGAAGCGGCAAAGGCGUUCUUGGAGGACACUCCUGGACUUGUUAGUGCUGCUUUGAUGGCUGGGCGAGCGGACAGCCCCCCACCCCCUCCCGUACCAGUGAAGGAGGUCGCUUUCCCCCCAGUCCAGUUCAGCCCUCCUGUUAUCGUUUCGGUCGUUUCGGAGGCCUAUGCCCAACCCCCGAUCAUGCACGAAGAUGCGCCUCCUGAGAAGGAACUCGAAAGGGAACCGGUUGAGGAACUACCGGUGCAGAAUGACGAGACGGUGCAUGCUGAAGUGAGGCCGGCGGGGGAUAGGACUAGCGAGGACUAUACUCCUUCCUUGACUCCCGCUAGUCCUACGAGUAGCGAGCCUGUAGAGAGUAGUGGCAUGUGGGAGAAACGGAUGCAGCAGGACUGUGACGGCGAGGCCAACGCCGAGGCCAGCGAGACUUUCUCCAACCUCAGCAUCAACAAUGGAUGGCAGCAGGAGAGCGUGACCAGUUUGGAGAGCGGCGCCGGGGGCCACUUGGCGGGAGGGAAUCAGCAUCCGCAUGUUGUUGCGCUCGAUGACUGGGAUUCAGACCUGGACGUUGAUUCCUCGGACGAGAAUGAAGCGCCUGUUCACAGGCAGCCGAAGCGUCUGCCCCGUCGGCUUCCCCUACGGCGGGAAAUGGACGAACGACCGAUAUCGACCGCAUCUGUUUCUUCCCUUGGCAUUCGUUCCUACGACGAUCGAGACUCCGUCAUUAGCGCCACAUUCCCUGGGAUCCGCGAGCGAGAACGUGAGCUCGGUCCUCGAAACGUUUUGCUGGAAGGACCUCUCGCGAUAUGGCAGCUUGACCUUAUUGGUGCAUACCUAGAGAGCGAUGAAGAGGAGGGCGAAGUGGGUGAUGCCGCUGCUGCUCUCGCCAAGCUCGAGGGGCAGAUUGAUGAGAGCAGGCAGGCUCAGAGGUGGAAGCGUGCUGGCGAGUUUAUUGAGGAGGCCGCUGUGAUCGCCCAGGGCAUGCUGGAUGAGAAGCUUGCGAAGGAUCGAGCUUCCAUAGAGUGCAGCAGUAUGGGGAGCGCACCGAGCGCUCGGAACACUAUUAGUGUCACGCCAGCCAACUCGGAGAAGGCUGUCCGGCUACCUCCUGCUAGUGCUGCGCCUGCAAGACCGCAUGCCUCUAGCAUUGGGAGUGUAUCGCCCUUACCGGUCAUCCCACCCCCACCGUCGUACAAGAUGGAUCACGUCUCGCUCAUAUUGAUGCAUGGCUCGACCGAGCUUGCCGAGGCGUUCUGUUUGAUUGAUUGUGAGAUGAUGCUCGCCAUUCGUUUUGAGGAAAUACUGCAUCUGGAAUGGUAUGGCCGCAUACAGACGGAGCCAGAUGUCCUGGAUUGGGUAUCAUUUAUCAAGAACCGCGCGGUAGUUCGAUAUGAGCUGCAGCAAAAGCACCGAAAAAUGAGGAAUCAGCGCCACUCGGCCACCAGCCCUGACCAACCGACCAUGCGCAUCGCCGAGGGUUCUAUCCGCAAGCUGAGCGAUAUCGCGGCUAUUAAGGCUCGUUUCAACCUUAUGGUGCACUGGAUUGCGCAUGAGAUCCUGCUCACCCAUCCAACCAGGCGAGUGGAACUGGUGAAUAAACUCAUUCGUAUCGCCUAUAAAGCCUACAGGAUGAACAGCUUUGCCACCGUCGUGCCGAUUGUUGCUGGCCUCCGCAGUCCAGAGACAGCUAUUGCCAUGCGUAAGCUGUGGGUCCGAGUUGGUGCCUGGGAGAUGAAGAUUUACACUGGACUGCGAGAGUUCUGCAGUCCUGAGGAUAAUUUCAAGUUUAUCCGCGCGUCAGUCUUGCGCCUCAUCGAUGAACCCACGAAUGGAGUCGCACCGACCUCGGUGAGGGCAGCGCUUACUGCUAAUGGGAAGGUCCGCAACUCGGCGACAACAUGCGUUCCGUUCCUUGGCGUCUAUAUCUCCCAGAUGCAGAACCUCUCGCGCCUGCCGGACUAUAUCGACCCGACUGACCCGCCAAAUGGCCAACGGUACAAUAUUGGUGCAAACCUGUUCUAUCCUUGCAAGAAUCCUGAUCGGUUUGCUGCUCUGCAGCCCCUGCCAGAAUCUCUCCCUUUGGAGCCACUCAUCAAUGUCGAAAAAGCGCGUAAGAUUGCUGAUGUUGUCCGCAACUUCGUCGCUGGCCAACAUCUCACUGUGAACAUGCGUUUCCCUGAGAUCAACCAUGCGCUGUGGAAGUCCUGCAUGUCGAUCAGAAGGCUGUCAUCCGAAGAGGUGAACGGAAGGCUUAUGGCGGAAUAGAACCACGCUUCAGCUUCUUUCUCGUAUCAUAUACCAAUUUACGAACGGACUCAUCCAUUAACGACUCAGCCCCGAACAUGCACGCCACUUUUAUCCCGGAGUCCUCAGUGAUCAGAUUUCAGUUGGCUAACGAGCACAAAAAAUAACGCAACUGACCCUAGUCACUCUUUUGCACUUGCACGACCACUACUGUUUCUAUAAGACAUUUUCCUGGUCUCGUGUUGUACUCCGUUGGUAGGGGGUUCAUCUCUUUCUCCUAGUUGGCGGCUUUUCUUCUCUGUAGGUUAACGACUUCAUGACGGUUUGAGUGUAUCACUUUCGGUUACAAUGCAUUACUUUC